AUGUAUCAGUGGGCCAUUAGCGCAUGGUGGAUAUUUCGUUUGACUUCAGCGCUUGCCAUUGGACGGGGAUACGCGGAGCAGCGGCCACGGGUGACCUUGCCUUCAGGUGCCACAGUCAUCGGUUGGAACCUCACAACACCGGAUGGCGAUGUCCUGGCUUACACGAACCUACGCUAUGCCAUCACCCUGUCCCGCUUCGGGGCUCCACUUGUGUAUACUGCUGCGCCCAGUGAGGUCAUAGACGGAACAGUGCGGAAUGAACCCUGUAUUCAAAAAGGAGGCGUCAAGGGGGUCUAUGGCGUUGAGGAUUGUUUGACCCUAGCUGUCUUCGUGCCACCAGGGCCAAGCCUUCGGAAGAGGCCAGUCUUGGUCUUUGUCCAUGGUGGUUUCCUCAUUUCCGGCGAGAUCCCGAUGGGUGACCUCAACUAUAUCGGCCUUCAAGCGGAUGCGGUGGUGGUGGCCAUCAACUAUCGGCUGAAUGUGUUUGGCUUUCUUCAGCCUCCAGAGCCAGAGAUCGUUCCUGCCAAUCGAGGCCUCAGGGAUCAGAUAGCUGCUCUUCAGUGGAUCCAGCAGAAUAUUGGAAGCUUUUCCGGCGAUGCCUCGAAAGUGACGCUUUGGGGCCAAUCUGCAGGAGGGCGUUCAGUGGUGGCACUCUACCAGUCACCAAUGGCCGUGGGGCUCUUCCAUCGUGCAAUUGCCAUGAGUCCCGGCUACGUCCCUGGAAUGUUCCAGUCCAACCUGUCCAUGGUCAAGGAGACCCUUGGCGUCCGGUGCAUGCAAGCGACUGGAUGCACCACCUUGCGCUGCCUGGAAGAUAUGGAUGCAUUUCAACUGGCCAAGAAGUGCAUGUUCUACUUGGAAGCGGCAGAUUUUGUGAAUGUGCCCAACGUGUACUUCUCCGGCUAUGAUGGAGAGGUCUUACUAGAACCUGUGCGACAACCACUCUGUGCUUUAUCUUCUGUGCCGAACGGCCACAUUCCCAUUAUUUUGGGGGCUAUGGCGCAUGAAUUCCGUGCCUUCACCUUGGAUACGCCAGCCACUGGCUACUUGGAACGUUUUUUCCAGGAUUCCUUGCCACCGACUUGGAGAGAGCAACAGCGUUCUUGCUUGAGGAGCACUUCGACCAACCUGUUUGAAGGUGCCCAGUGUCCUUCGAACGUGAAGAUUUGCUCUCGACUGAAAGAUGUAAGACUGGUUCAGGAAGCAACGCAGGUCUAUUCCCUCGGCUUAGAAUUUGCCGGGAGAGGACCUGGCCCGCGUUAUCGCUAUUUGAUGGACACCGAUGCUCUGGGUGGCUGGUGUGGAGCCUGUCAUGGUGGAGACCUCGACUUGGUGAUGGGACGCAGUGAUGUUGACUCGUCGUUUCCCAAAGACGAACUGCAGAGCUUUCGAGCUUUAUUCACUGGAUACCUGGCCUCCUUUGUGAAAUCUGGCAUUCCUAUUGCGCCUAUUGCGCCUACUGUUUUGAAGCAACUGGCCAAUCUACCUGAGGAUGAAGGCUCGAAGGAUCAGGGCAGCCCCUUGAAGCUGCUGGAUGUGAACCCUGCUUCCUUGGGCGAUUUCUUGGAGACAUUUGGGAAGGGCGGGGACGCCUGGGUUGAGCUGGAAGCGCCAUGGAGGUCACAGCAGAGGACGGACGUCGCAUUGCUGACUCCGCCGAGACGUGAGGGCCGUGGCCUUGAAACGGCUGUCGGGCUUUCCUCGCAGAAUUUUGAUCCAACCAACUGGGUGCCAGUGAUGCUGUGUGAUGCAAGCAAUGCAAACUUGUUAAGAGACAAGAGUUGUGGUGACGAGAGCGCAGCUUUGGGCUCGCAGGCUUCUGUAGGUAUGGCGGUCCACUUGCCGUCAGCUGUUCCACGUUUGAAACGCCAACGAAGACAAGCGCUGGUCUCCAGCCAGAUCUCUCAGCCAGGUAUCUCAAGCCUCAAGGGCGUCCUGCCGCAGUCGCAGCCGCAGCCCUCGAUCCAGAUUGUAGUGGAUGACGACCCAUCGCAGCCUGGUCCCGGACCAAUGAAUCUCGUUGACAUGGGUCUCUCCCAGGCGCUUUGGCUUCCAGAGGACAUCAAGACUCAGGACAAGAUCUGGCUUUGGUCUCAGAGUGUGCCUCCAACGGCUGACUCCAUCUCGUGCACUCAGCUUCCACGUCGCUACCACAUUGUGAGCCAAACACCUCCAAAAGUGCAGCGAAGUGAGGCAGUGGUGGGAGCUCCUGAGGCAUCAGUGCUUGCACAACACCAGGCUUUUCCUGAAGAGAGCUUUGGUGCUGCGCAAGGAAGAGACGCAGAGUCUCACAUGGACCUCAACUUGGCUACAUCACCUUUGGUACUGCGGCAGCAACGAGUUCCUGAGACCCUAGAGGACUGCGAACCAGAUGAAAACCUGGAGGAAGAAAUGCCGUUCUCGCUGGAUUUGGGCUUGAGCCAGCCAAGUCAAGAUCUUGCCAUCCAAUCUCAAGUAUCAGUACACAAGGCAGAAGCCAUGCCGCUGCAGUCACAAGUAGAUGAACGAAGCGAGUCUGCGAAGGACGCUGAAGCUACAAAGGCUUGUAGCCAAGCAAAUGCAGGGAUCCAAAAUGCAGGGAGCCAACCGGCUCUGGAAACAAGCCAGCAUCCAACGAGCACACCUCAUGGAUCGUCACCAGAGCAAGCUGCAGCUUCACCGAUGCCUCCGGUGUGUCAAAGUGCUGCUAUCUUUGAGCUGGCAAAGGACGCAGAAGUGGCAGCAAGACCUGAAGCAGCUGGGACCGUGGAUGUCUCUGAAUGUUUUGGACAGCCUGCAACUGCAUCACCAAACCUGGUGCAAGCAGAAGCCAUGCCGCUGCAGUCACAAGUAGAUGAACGAAGCGAGUCUGCGAAGGAGCAGCCGGCUGCAUCUAUACAGGAUCAGCUUCAUACCAUUGAGCUCCAAACACGUAGACACACAGAAGGUUUCCUGACGGGUUUGAUUCUUUGUCUUGUAAACAACACAUGA